ACAGGCAGGUACGGCUCGGGCGCCGCCAUAUUGGGAGCGGAAGCGGGCUGAGCGACAGAAGCGGCGCUGCUGGUUGUUCACCCUCCGGCUUGGAAAGUCCUGCGCUCCCUCCGCGAGGGAAGGAAGGAAGGAAGGAAAGCAGGGAAAAGGAAGGGAGCGUGUUCCGCCCGUCUCCUCCCCGCGGCGGGGAGGAGGAAGGAGCCCGACCCUGAGCCGAAGUGGGACUCUGAGGAAAAGCAGGCGGCGGAAGAAGAGGAGGAGGAGGAGGAAGAAGAAGAAGCGGAAAAAGAAGGGAGGAAGGGACGCUUCAGGUUAAGGGGCCACCAUGCCGUUGGCGCAGCUGGCCGACCCCUGGCAGAAGAUGGCCGUGGAGAACGCGGCGGAGAGCGGCAACAGCGCCGAGAAUGGCCAGCAAAUCAUGGAUGAACCUAUGGGAGAAGAAGAGAUAAAUCCACAAUCAGAGGAAGGCAAUAUUAAAGAGAUUGCAAUAACAUAUCAUGUCAAAGAAGGACAUGAAAAAGCAGAUCCUUCACAGUUUGAACUCCUUAAAGUCCUAGGACAGGGAUCUUUUGGAAAGGUAUUCCUUGUCAAAAAAAUCUCAGGAUCAGAUGCCAGACAGCUGUAUGCAAUGAAAGUGCUAAAAAAAGCAACGCUGAAAGUACGUGAUCGUGUUCGAACAAAAAUGGAACGUGAUAUCUUAGUAGAAGUUAAUCAUCCCUUUAUUGUCAAGUUACAUUAUGCUUUUCAAACAGAAGGGAAGUUGUAUCUUAUUUUAGACUUUCUCAGGGGAGGAGACUUGUUUACACGCUUAUCCAAAGAGGUGAUGUUCACAGAGGAGGACGUCAAAUUCUAUUUGGCCGAAUUAGCACUUGCUUUGGAUCAUCUGCACAGUCUUGGAAUAAUAUACAGAGACCUAAAACCAGAAAACAUACUACUUGAUGAAGAAGGACAUAUUAAAUUAACAGAUUUUGGCUUAAGUAAAGAGUCUAUUGAUCAUGAGAAGAAAGCAUACUCUUUCUGUGGAACGGUGGAAUACAUGGCACCAGAAGUUGUUAAUCGACGAGGCCAUACGCAAAGCGCAGACUGGUGGUCUUUUGGUGUGUUAAUGUUUGAAAUGCUCACUGGUACUCUACCUUUCCAAGGGAAAGACAGAAAAGAAACCAUGACUAUGAUUCUCAAAGCCAAACUUGGGAUGCCCCAGUUUCUAAGCCCAGAAGCUCAGAGUCUUCUCCGAAUGCUUUUCAAGAGAAAUCCUGCAAACAGAUUGGGAGCAGGUCCAGAUGGUGUUGAGGAAAUUAAGAGGCAUCCAUUUUUCUCCACAAUUGAUUGGAAUAAAUUAUACAGGAGAGAAAUCAGCCCACCCUUUAAACCUGCAACUGGUAGGCCUGAAGACACUUUUUAUUUUGACCCUGAAUUUACUGCAAAAACUCCUAAAGAUUCACCUGGCAUUCCACCCAGUGCUAAUGCUCAUCAACUUUUUCGGGGCUUCAGUUUUGUAGCCAUUGCAUCAGAUGAUGAAAGUCAAGCAAUGCAGACAUCCAUUGGGCAUUCAAUUGUUCAGCAGUUGCACAGGAACAGUAUUCAGUUUACUGAUGGAUAUGAAGUCAAGCAAGAUAUAGGAGUUGGUUCCUAUUCGGUUUGCAAGAGAUGUAUACAUAAAGCAACAAAUAUGGAGUAUGCAGUAAAGAUUAUAGAUAAGAGUAAAAGAGACCCCACAGAGGAAAUAGAAAUUCUACUUCGAUAUGGACAACAUCCAAAUAUUAUUACUCUCAAAGACGUCUACGAUGACGGAAAAUAUGUAUAUCUGGUAACAGAACUUAUGAAAGGAGGAGAACUUUUGGAUAAAAUCCUCAGACAAAAGUUUUUUUCUGAAAGAGAAGCCAGUGCUGUCUUACUGACAAUAACCAAAACAGUUGAAUACCUUCAUGCACAAGGGGUGGUACACAGAGACCUCAAACCCAGCAAUAUCCUUUAUGUCGAUGAAUCAGGAAAUCCAGAAUCAAUUCGAAUCUGUGAUUUUGGGUUUGCAAAGCAAUUGAGAGCUGAAAAUGGCCUUCUAAUGACUCCUUGUUACACAGCAAAUUUUGUUGCUCCUGAGGUUUUAAAAAGGCAAGGCUAUGAUGCCGCAUGCGACAUAUGGAGUCUUGGUGUUCUUCUCUAUACGAUGCUGACUGGCUACACUCCAUUUGCAAAUGGUCCUGAUGAUACUCCUGAAGAAAUUUUGGCACGAAUAGGUAGUGGCAAGUUCUCUCUUACUGGUGGAUACUGGAAUUCUGUUUCUGAUACUGCCAAGGACUUGGUUUCGAAAAUGCUUCACGUCGAUCCUCAUCAGAGAUUGACUGCUGCACAAGUCCUAAGACAUCCAUGGAUUGUUCAUUGUGACCAAUUGCCUCAAUUUCAACUAAAUAGGCAAGAUGCUCCACACCUUGUGAAGGGUGCCAUGGCUGCUACAUACUCAGCAUUGAACCGCAAUCAGUCUCCGGUUUUAGAGCCAGUCGGCCGUUCUACCCUCGCUCAACGAAGAGGCGUCAAAAAAAUUACCUCAACUGCUCUGUGAAGUGACCUCAUCUGAAAAAUGUGGUACCAUAAUAAGAUGAUAGCACAAAUCAUGGCAACAGGUAGCACAUAUCCGAAGUACCUGCAAGCACACUGUUCCCGCUGGUACCUGUUAUGCUGCUGCUCCUGCUUUCAUCUUUUUUCCCCUUUUUAAACUCUUGAUGAAAAACAUUGCCCUCCAGAUGGAAUAUAAUGUCGAAUCAAUGGAAAAUGAACUGUUCAUGAAGAUGAAGUAGAAUUCUGAACAUCUCUCUUCUGUCACAUUAAAUACACUGAAUAAAGCACUUGGCACCAAUAACAUUAUUUUUAUAGGCAAUGUUUCUUCUCCCUUCAAAAUACUCUUCAUUACAUGUGUGGAUGGACAGUUUAUGUUAAGCUCUUAGCUUAAACGAUAUGUUUAUAUUAGCACUGUAUAAUUUGUGCCAUCCAGCAUUUUAUAUGUUUUUGUAAACUUUUCAUAACAGUACAUUUUUGCACUGUUUCCUUUGAAAUGCCUUCUAUUUAGACUAAUACAUUUUGGGAAUUAAAUCUGAUUAAAAUGGUUAAUCAGAAUGUUUGGACAUCUCUAAAACAGCUUGACUGUUAAACAGCUAUUGAAUGUAAUUCUGUGAAUGUUUUUCUUUGCCUGUGUCUUUCCACAGACACUUGGUUAGAAGUAAUGGGAAACUAGAGCUGUUGUGGCAUUUAAUGGCGUGAUAAGUUUCUCACUGUCACUCAUGCAACCAGCUCUGUAUUAAAGCAAAAAAACAACAACAGCUAAUUGUAUUUUUCCACUGUGGAUAUUUUCUUUUAGACAUUGGAAACCUUGGCAAAAAAAUCAUUUCAUUUCAGUUGCUUUUAGUUAUAACUGAUAAUUCUUUUAAUGUUGCUGCUUUAAGUGCAAGGGAAAUUCCUACUCAACAAUAGCAUGGGAAAUGCUGACUUCAAAGCUAAAGCAGAGUUUUGUCCAGUAAUAGCUAAUUAGAAAGAUGUCUUGGAUUCAGGAAGACGUCAGUGGCAAGUGUGUUGCAUUUUGGCUGCUUUGGCUAAUUUCAAAACCAAAUCAGAAACCAAAUGAGAUGUGAGGUGAAUGGGAUGUGCCCAGUGUCUUCAGUCUAUUGAUGGUGAUUCUGCUGUCAAGACUGGGCUUUUUUAUUAGCAUUGCUGCUCUGUAGACUAGCACCAUUUGUAUUUAUGGAAUAUAAUAACAAUCUAAGCAAUCCAACAUACAUACUAACUAGAGGAAACCCUGUUGAACACAGUAGAACCUAUUUCUGAGCCUUGCUUCCAUUUUGUCCAACUUGUUAUCAUUUUGACUUGACCGGGGUGCUUGUUUUUUAGGGAAAUACUGAAGUUGCAUUAUGAAGAAUAAAAUGUUGUGAAGAACAAUAUGAUUUUGAUGGAUUAUCCCAGUGUUCUGCCAAAGAAAUUAUUUUUAUGUAAUAAUAUUUCUCUGUCUUGAAUUUCCUUUCAGUUUAGUGUGAAAAGUUAAGAUGGAAAACGGAAGCAAAAUAGGUAGUAAUAGGCUUGCCUUUCCUCUCAGCAUUGAGUUUCACAGUUAGUCUUCCUUUUGCUUUUGUAGUACUUUCCAUCACUUUACCUCAUGCUUAUGCCUUAUACACAGAUGCCAUUUUUGGCUUUAUUCUGUCGGGUUAUCACAGCAUUUAUUUAUAACUGGUCGUUUAAAAAUCAAUAUACUUUUUUCUGUCAGCAUCAGAAUAGCUUGCAUUUAUUCUUUUGCUCGUAAUUCUGCUAGAAGCCACUAUGUUAGACACCCAGGGGCCUUUAAGUAAUACCUUCUGUUGAUUAGUUGUUCUGGAAUCCAGUUUUCUUCUUUUAUGCUUGAAAAAUCUUUCAGAUUUAUUUUUGCAUACAAACUUUGUUGCAGUGAUAAAUCCAAAACUGGUGUUCUCUAAACCAUGACCUCACUCCUGUGAAAAAAAAAGAAAGUUUUUACUCAUGAUGAUGAUGAUGAUGAUUUCUCUGACCACUUUAUAGUGAUGUGAUAUUACUUCAUUGUCUGUAUACCUGAUACUCUUUAUUCCUCUUUUAUAUGAUUUGGAUUGUUCCUUGCAAAGAAUGAAUAAUGUAGAUUUUCACAGUUGAUUUUUCUUGGUUUGGUCUAUAGAUUAUUUUUCUUCCUCAACCCAAUUUUUAAACAGAUUAAUAUUUUAGCUCUGCAGCUGGGAAUAUGUAUAAUUUAUUAGAGUAUUCCUUAACUACUGGUUUAUCAUCAAAGUAAUGCCUCUGAAGUUCACAUGAUGCAGAGGAUAAUUACAUACACAUUCUGGAGUGUUUUCAGAUUUUAAAGAGCUGAGCAUAUUCAAAUAGAAUGAAGCAUAUAACUUAAAGCAGCAAAAAGAACACGAGAACAGUAUAUGAUUUCCUGUAAAAUUAGGUUUAUUUUGAUGUUAUCAUGGAUGGACUGGUUUUCAUUGGAAUGUGGCUAUCAUGUUUUUAAAAUGGGUAAGGAUAAUGUGAAACACUCAAGACAAUUAAUAGAAAAAAAUUGCAAUGUCUUUAAAAAUUCUUCUUAGAGAAAGAAAAAUAUAGGCUAUUGUUUGCUCAUUGGUAAAGUUUAGGUGACAAUAAGUUAAUUUGAGAAAAAGCUUGGGAAAAUGCAGCAACAUCAGUAAUCUAUGGUUCUGACCAUCAGUUUCCAGAUUCUAGCUAAACAAAUUUAGCCUAGUGUGAAGGAAGAGCUUUUUUCAGGAACUGCUUUAUCAUGGAGGCAUUUUAUCAGAUGUUUUAAAGGUGCUAGUUCUUUCGCACUUUGCUCUAAUGUCUCACUAUAAUCAUAAUUUUGUUUUUGUAGACAGAGGCUUCUCAUUUUGCAUUCAGCUUCUCUCAGAAAAGAAGUCUAGCAUUUAAAUUAUCACUUUUAAAAUGUUCCGUUUGCAAAAUAAUGUUGCACAGUUAAAUUCAGGCAUAUCUAUUCAUAGACUGUUUACUUGGGCUUUGUUUCAAACUGCUUCUAAUUCAGUGUCACCCAGGCUGAAAUCUGAAAUACAUGUUCUGGGCAGCAAUCCAUAAUGAAUACAGUAGUAAAUCCUACUGUAAAUCCCUUCGAUUAAACAUGCAACCAGAUUAUGCUGUUGAACAUUGCCAUGUGACACAAGAAAAUAAUGUGAAUUCUGUUUCUAGUUAUCUUACCAAUUGUCUUCUUCUUACACAGACAUGAGGAUUUUUUUCCUUUAUGUGAUCCCUUCUUUACAAUUUAGCUUUUUGGUCAAUGUUCUGUAGCAAUAAUCUUGACUUCCUUCAAAAAAUACAUAUUCAAACUUAAGAAUUCCAUCUUUUAUUUACAAUGUGAUCAUGUUUUAACAGAGAAUUGAUACAAUUUUCAGUGUUCAUUAGAUGUUGGCUUUUGAUUCUUAACAUUACCAGCAGUGAUCAAGAAAUCUCAUUUUCAACAAAACAACAAAGUAAAACAUUUUAAAAUCUCUUGGACUCAUUUUACAUCCCAGUGUGAGCACAACACACUCAGAAUGCUAUUUAAGUAUAACAUUAGACAAAGUUUACACUUUCUCUUAAAAGUGUCAGUCCCGUUGUCUCCCAUUCAUAGAAUCAUAAAAUUGUAGUUGGAAAAGACCUCAUGGGCCAUCCAGUCCAACCCCCUGCCAAGAAGCAGGAAAAUCGCAUUCAAAGCACCCCCAACAGAUGGCCAUCCAGCCUCUGUUUAAAAGCCUCCAAAGAAGGAUCCUCCACCACACGGAGUUCCACUGCUGAACAGCUCUCACAGUCAGAAAGUUCUUCCUGAUGUUUAAGUGGAAUCUCCUUUCCUGUAGUUUGAAGCCAUUGUCCCACACCCUAAUCUCCAGCGCAGAAGAAAAAAGGCUUGCUCCCUCCUCCCUAUGACUUCCCCCCACAUAUAUAUGGCCAUCAUAUUUCCUCUCGGCCUUCUUUUUUGCAGGCUAAACAUGCCCAGCUCUUUAAGUCACUCCUCAUAGGGCUUGUUUUCCAAGUGCUUGAUUAUUUUAGUUGCCCUCCUCUGGACACAUUCCAGAUUGUCAACAUCUCCCUGAAAUUGUGGUGUCCAGAAUUGAACACAGUAUUCCAGGUGUGGUCUGACCAAGGCAGAAUAGAGGGGUAGCAUUCCUUUGGUCAACUUUCUUAAACAUUUACAAAUUAAGGACUAUAUGAGAACGCAUUAGAAAAUACAACUGAAUUGAAAAAGAACAUGGUUUUUAAAUUUCCAGGCGACACUGCUAUCACUUUGCUGCAUCUCUCCUUUGGAUUGCUGAUUCAAUCAUGGUUUUUAAAACAGAAAAAAGUUACUAGGAAGAGAUUCGAUACUCUCCCUUAAUUCCUGAAACUUUAAGUUAGAUAGCUAAACAGAAUAUAAUAAAUGAUCACUCAUGGUUUCAAUAUCAGGCCAGGAGAAAACAGAUUUUCUAUUCUUGCCCUUGUUAGAUUAGCAGCCUAGUAAAGAGUAAACACAUACAAUGCUUAAAACUGAUUUUUAAAUAACAAAAUUGGGGUAUAAGAAAAUCAACAUAUUUAGGGUUUUUUUUGUUUGUUACUGUAAAUGUUGUAGAUCAAUCGAAGCACUGCUUUUCUGGUAAUGAAAAGGUAGAUUUAAAGCAUGUAAAUCCUAAAUAAGCAGUAAUGAAUAGCUUUUAACUCAUGAAAGUGUAUGUUAGCUUUAUGUUGAUGUGUCUGACCUAAUCAAAGGGAAAGUGCACUCAUGAGGGAUGUAAUUAUUUUACAGUUCUAGUGAAGGGGUGGGGAGGGAAUCUACGUAAAGAGAUUUUUUUAAAAUAUCAAAAUAUUUUUCUACACUUCUUUACAAUUAUUCUUUAUAAUGACUUCUUCAGCAUGGCAUGCAAAUCUGAGAUACAGUGUCAGGAAUUUUACUGUGCUAUAUCUUCAGAGCAAAAAAUCCAAUAGCAUCUAACAGGUGCUUGUAUUAGCAUCAUGGAACUGAAAUGUUGGCUGUGUUCUUUGUCAUCAAGUCGACUUUGACUUAUGGCAAACCUGUGAAUGAGCGAGGCCUCCAGAGGCGACAAUGUACUGUUUUACUGAAAGCUAUGUAUGUUUCCCAGAAUACUGUAUAUGUGUAAUCAGAAUUAUUCCAGACAUAACCAUAGAAGAGCCUGGAAAAAUUACUAUUGCUUGUAUCCUUGUCAAAAGGCAGGUUUUGUAGUCUUCAAAAGAAGCCGAAUUUAUACAGCAAGUAAACUUUUAAAAAUA